UGGGACCAACCAAAAGGGGGCGCAAAAAAGCUGGGAGGUUUACACCUCACGACUAGUACGGGUGGGCGUACCAUACAAAUAGAUCGCAUCAUAAGCUAGAGCCCAUUGGCUGAAACCGAACAACGUCUUUAACAAUACCAGCUGUCAAUCAUCCGCGUGCGUCACUUCCGGUGUCAGGCUGGUCGAUCUGCUCUCCGCUAACAAGGGUCACAAUAACACGGGUUAAACAUAAUAACAAGGGUUAAACACAACACCGGUGGAACCCUAACAUAACAGAACCAUAUGACAACACAAGACAUGUCCAGGCUGUGAACGACGGACACUUCAGCGGAGGUUCGCUUCUCGAGAGCUCCAGGAUGUCGAAGCGGCGGUCGUCAUCGGAGCGGGGGGGCGGCGAGACGUCAGCCAGGGCAGGAAAACUCCUGUGUUCUGGGAUCGCCGGGGGCAACGCCAAGAAGGCUGGGCCCUUCGUGCUCGGCCCUCGCUUGGGGAACUCCCCGGUGCCCAGCAUCGUGCAGUGCCUCGCCCGCAAGGACGGAACGGACGACUUCUACCAGCUGAAGAUCCUAACCCUGGAGGAGCGCUGCGACCCGGCCGCGGAGAACCAGGAGGAGAGACAGGGGAAGAUGCUGCUCCACACGGAGUACUCCCUGCUGUCGCUGCUGCACGGGCAGGACGGGGUGGUGCACCAUCACGGCCUCUUUCAGGAUCGGGCGUACGAGGGCCUGGAGCAGUCUGAGGCCACCAGGGGGCGUAAGCUGAAGAAGAGGAUCUGUCUGGUACUCGACUGUCUCUGUGCCCACGACUUCAGCGACAAGACGGCGGACCUCAUCAACCUGCAGCACUACGUCAUCAAGGAGAAGAGGCUGAGCGAGCGCGAAGCCAUCGUCAUCUUCUACGACGUGGUGCGCGUGGUGGAGGCCCUGCACAAGAAGAACAUUGUCCACAGAGACCUGAAGCUGGGCAACAUGGUGCUGAAUAAACGAACCCACCGGAUCACCAUCACUAACUUCUGUCUGGGGAAACACCUGGUUAGCGAGGACGACCUGCUCAAGGACCAGAGAGGAAGUCCCGCCUACAUCAGCCCCGACGUCCUCAGUGGGCGUCCGUACCGGGGUAAGCCCAGCGAUAUGUGGGCCCUGGGCGUGGUUCUGUUCACCAUGCUGUACGGCCAGUUCCCCUUCUAUGACUCCAUCCCCCAGGAGCUCUUCAGGAAGAUCAAGGCUGCAGAGUACACCAUCCCUGAGGACGGGCGUGUCUCUGAGAACACGGUGGCUCUGAUCCGGAAGCUGCUGGUUCUGGACCCCCAGCAGAGGCUGAGUGCUGCCGAGGUUCUGGAGGCGCUCAGCUCCAUCAUAGCCUCGUGGCAGUCAGUGUCGUCCCUGGGCGCCCCUCUCCAGGUGGUCCCGGACAUCGAUGACCAGGUCAGCCCCCCUGAACACCUACAGGAGGCCAAGGUCUCUGAGGAGGCGUCGCAGUACGAGUUUGAGAACUACAUGCGGCAGCAGCUGCUGCUGGCCGAGGAGAAGCACUCUCUGCACGAGGCCAAGAGCUUCCUGUCCCAGAGGCACUACGGCAGCACCCCUCCUGUCAGGAGACUGGGGCUGGACGCCCAGCCCGUCAGCCCUCUGGACGCCGCCCUGCUGGCCCAGCGCUUCCUACGGAAGUAGCCCCAACCUCUCCGACCCCACCUCCACCCACCGGGCGGCACCACAACCAAGCGCUGACGGACCGGCCGGGAUCGGACUGGAGCAAACCGGGGGGCGGUGCACGCCUGUGGGCGUGGCUAAAGACCUUGUGGAAAGACAGAGGACCCUGACUGGUGGUUCCAGGAUGUGAUGUAGCAGCGAGCGGCCUCACCCUUUACUCCCUACCCCAGCUGUCCAAUCAUAUUGCCUCAAGUCGGAUUACAUGAUCACAGACGUCCCUCCUUACCUCUAGUACUCUGUCAGUCCUCCCUGACCCCUCCCUGUUAACUAAGGCUUUGAAUCAAUCUACCUCUCUAUGAACGCCAGCCUUACUGCUCUGCAGAGGCUGGGUUGGCCUGGCAACCAGAAUAAGCUCCUCCCUACCCCCCAUCCGUAUUAUGAAUAAGUAGCAUUUUAACGGCCCUUUUGAAGACCUUAACUACGCCACACAUUAGCUUCCCGGGUCCUCAUCACCUCACCCCAGCGGUUACCAUGGAAACCUGUUUGAGCAUCCAGGCAGCUAGCCGCGGGCGGAGCAGAGCGGUUCUGUUCUCCAGCCAAAGCUCCGCCUCCACGCCACUGAGGAAGACGCACAGACGGUUUUACUUCUUUUUUUAAGUAUAUAAAUAUAUAUCGCCAAAAAUCAUGUCUUAAAAGAACCCGACACACGAGCCAAGGAAGGGAUUGUGUGCUAGUGUGAAGUCGUCAUUCAGAACGGACGGCUUCAGGUGCUGAUCCUUCAGCUACGUCGGCUGAGGUGAUGAUCCUUCAGCUACGUCGGCUGAGGUGAUGAUCCUUCAGCUACGUCAGCUGAGGUGACGAGUCCUUCAGCUACGUCAGCUGAGAUGAUGAGUCCUUCAGCUACGUCACCUGAGGUGAUGAGUCCAUCAGCUACGUCAGCUGAGGUGAUGAGUCCUUCAUCUACGUCAGCUGAGGUGAUGAGUCCUUCAUCUACGUCAGCUGAGGUGAUGAGUCCUUCAGCUACGUCAGCUGAGGUGAUGAUCCUUCAGCUACGUCAGGCCUCCCACUGUGAACCGACACAGGUCCUCCUUCACAGACUACAGCAUUUAUCUCGAUUAUUUUUUCCUGUUUUCUUUUGGAAGCCAUCUUGCUUCCCGUCAUCAGGGACAGGAUCUGGGAGAGGCGCCGUGAAGAGGCAGCAAAACCAUCUACAGUCACCAGAUAAGCUUCAUCUGAUGUUGGCAGGCAGGUGUUUAUCGUGCUCUCUGCGUUACUGAAGGGUUUGUACCGAGUGUCACUGCCCGUUGUAGGUCUCCUGUAUGAUCUCUAAACCGAUGGCAUGCAAAGUUUCCAAAAUGUAAUUUCUACUUUCCUCGAAGUUUAAUUAUUUAUUAAUUUUUGUAGAAUCCCUUUCUCCUGUAGUUUUGGAUCCUACCAUCUUUUCUCUCUGCUUUUGCCCAGUGGUGAUUUGAGUAAGUCUUUAAAGAGACAUAAAAUCUUUUUCUAUUUUGCAGUCUUUUCACUAUCUGCUUACAGCGCUGUUUUAAUUUAAUUUUUUCCCUACCAAAAUGUUUUUUCUUGCCAUGUUGCCACACUGUGGUUGAAUUUUAAGCUACACUAAUAAUGAGACUGACUUUAAAUAGUUAUAUUUUUUACAGAAAAACAAGCGAAUAAUAUCCACUUAUUAUCAUUAUUAUUAUUAUUAUUAGUUGGGGUGAAUGGUUGUGCUGAGGCUGACAUCUCUCCUGGCCAGUAUGUAAAUAAGGUCAACUCUCACUGUCAGCAGUACCGCUAUUUCCUAAAGUCUGGACCACACAGGCCUGUCAGCCACACAUGGACAUCCACUAAAUGCUUGUGUUAUGAAAGCCUUUUUUUGUGUCCUGUCAAUGUGAAUUGUGUGGGUAUAGAGCAGUAUUGUAGUUGCGUAGAAACAAAUGUUUUUCGAGCAUUGUAGCUCCUGAAUGCUAACUGAGUUAUCGUGGAAUGUCAGUCACCGUUUUUCAUUCGGCCGGUCGACUACUAAAGCUCUGAAGACUCAAGAGUUCCCUGCUGGGAAGGAUUCAACUGUUGCCCAGUAAGUGUUUGACAUUGUAUCACAACCCCACAUUUAUUGUUUCUUUUUCUACACAUUUGUUGGUAGACCGCAACUUGCUGUGGAUCUGAGGCAUGGCAUUAGUGUGAGUUUCAAGGUCUUGUAAAACCAACUAAGUGACUGUUGCAUGUAAUCUGGAAAGGCUACGGCAAACGGUGUGAAUUAGGAAAGGAUUCAAACCUUUUGUGACCUUGGGAACGAGGUCUUCCCGCCAUGGAGGCGUGGUGAUUGUGAAGUCUGAACACGCAUCCCCCCCCCCCCCCGAACUCUGGCAUGGAGAAACAAAAUAAACUGGGUAAUUGUACAGAUGGAAGAAAACAUGUUUGUAUAAAAGACAUAUUUUUGUACUACAUCAAAUCUCUCAUGCAUGUCAGCAAUAAACUUUGAUAUUCAAAA